AUGAAUUCCAUCUUCUACCUUCUCGCCCUCAUCGCCUGUGUUGCAAACUUUGGAUUCUCACAGGAUCUUCCAGCUCCAGAAGUUCCAGAAAUUCCAGAAGUUCCAGAUGUUGGAGCCAUUACUGAUCAAGUGAAAGUGGAAGCUGUGCUGGAAUUGGUGACUGGGCUUUUGGCAACCGUGCUUGAACUUGUGACAUCAUUGGCUUCCUCAGUUGGAGGAGUUGCUGGAGGAGCCACAGGAAGUCUUGGAGCAGUCACCGGAGUAGUGGACGGAGUAACAGGAACAGUUGGAGAUCUUACUGGAGGUCUUGGAGGAGCCACAGGAGGAGCCACCGGAGCUCUCGGAGGAUUAACUGGAACCGUCGGAGGUCUUACUAACGCUCUGGGAGGAGCAACAGGAGGUCUUGGGGGUCUAUCUGGCAUUCUUGGAGGAGCCACAGGAGGAGCCACCGGAGCUCUCGGAGGAUUAACUGGAACCGUCGGAGGUCUUACUAACGCUCUGGAAGGAGCAACAGGAGGUCUUGGGGGUCUAUCUGGCAUUCUUGGAGGAGCCACAGGAGGAGCCACCGGAGCUCUCGGAGGAUUAACUGGAACCGUCGGAGGUCUUACUAACGCUCUGGGAGGAGCAACAGGAGGUCUUGGGGGUCUAUCUGGCAUUCUUGGAGGAGCUGCAGGAGGAGCCACCGGAGGUCUCGGAGGAAUUACUGGAAAUGUUGGACAAGUUGCUGGUGCGAUUCCAAAUGUCCCUGCAGUUCCAGCAGUAGGAAUUGCUGCCUAAGCUCUUGAUAAAUUCUUUCGUAUUUUUUGGGAAUCAA